AUGUACAGCUUCAUGGGAGGCGGGCUGUUCUGCGCUGGCGUAGGGAACAUACUCCUUAUUGUUUCCACAGCAACAGAUUAUUGGAUGCAGUACCGACACUCAAACAACUACAUGCAUCAGGGCCUCUGGCGGUACUGCACACCAUCCAAAUGCUUCACACACACGGACAGUAUUGCUUACUGGGAUGCCACUCGAGCAUGCAUGAUCCUGUCCCUGCUAGCCUGCUUCAUAGGCAUAAUCAUCGGCAUCAUGGCCUUCAUCCACUACUCGUCCUUCGACAGAUUCGAUAAAACCUUUGCUGCAGGCGUUCUGUUCUUCAUCUCAUGCUUUUUUGUAUUUCUGGCGAUGGCUGUGUACACUGGAGUGACGGUAAACUACUAUGGGAAACGCUAUGGCAACUGGAGGUUCUCCUGGUCCUAUAUCAUCGGCUGGGUGGCAGUGGUGCUCACGUUCUUUUCAGGUAUAUUCUACAUGUGUGCAUAUCGGAUGCAUGAGUGCCCAAGAAGUUCAAACACACAGAGGACUUAGGAAUCACCCCAGUUUGCUUCAAGGACUCAACACCAGCAUCUUAAGAGCAUCACUGGUGCAGUGUGCCACUGUGGAGCAAGACACUAGGUUAUUU